ACGCAAAGUAAGAAAUUUCAAAGCGCAUAGAAAACAUUCGCAUUUGCGCGACGAAUACAUUCAUUGCUUGCGCCCUGUGACACAACAAUCUGUCGAAGAAAUCAUGGCAAACGUACGAUUUUUAUUGUUUUUUAUUUUGCUCCCUACAUGUCUAGCACACUCAGUGCCCGGGAGAGCUGAAGAUGGUCACUACACAGAGGAUGGCAAGCAUAAUGAUGAAUAUGACCACGAAACGUUUCUCGGCCAUGAUGGGCAAAAAGAAUUCGGCGAACUGAAUAAUCAAGAGAGAAUACUUAGACUCAGCAAACUGGUUGACAAAAUCGAUAAAAAUGGCGACGGUAAUGUAUCAAAGAGUGAAAUGACAGAGUGGUUGAAAUACAUUUCAUUAAAUGAACCGAAGGAAUUAAUGAGAAAGUAUUGGGCUGAUAAUUAUCCCUCGAUCAUUGAUGGUGAUGGCCUUAUCAGCUGGGAGGAUUAUCAAGCUUUAAAUUUUCCUGGAAAAGAUCAUGAUGAGACAAUAAUAGCUAGGAUCAAUAAAUAUCACAAACGGUUCGAAGCAGCUGAUGAAAAUAAAGACAACAAACUGAGUUUGGAUGAAUUCGUGGCAUAUCAGUACAUGGAUCUCUUUCCUCGUAUGUAUGACGUAUUCAUAGAUGAAGCGAUGGAGACGAUGGACUUGAAUAAAGACGGCGUGAUAACUUUCGAGGAAUUCAAAAAAGGCGAAAAAAGAUCCCGUGAGGAUACAAAAAGGGAGUUUGGUAUCAGGGAUUUAAAUAAAAAUGAUGUACUGGACAAGGAUGAAGUGAAGGAAUGGUAUUUUCCGACGAAAUACGAUCGCCAUGAAAACGAAGCAUUGCAUCUCAUUGGCAAGGCUGAUAGUGAUAAGGACGAUGCACUCAGCAAGGACGAGAUAUUACACAACUACGACGUUUUCGUUGGCAGUAGAGCCACUCACUGGGGCGAAACUUUGAAGAGAAAUGUUGAUGAAUUGUGAUACCGGCAUUGAAAUUCAUGGAGAUAGCGACAUAGCUAUAUAGCUUACCUGCUUACGCGAUAAUUUCAACUUGCUGCUUCGAGAGUCGUCGUCUUAGAAAUAGGGUAAAAGCCAGUAAAUACAUUUCUAUCAUCUGUCACUUCUCCUUCCCUUUGUCUUAAUUAGCCUUUUAUUUAAAUGUUUGUCUGCAUUACACUCAAUUUAUUGCCAUGCACGGAUGAAAUUUGGUUCGGGUACCAAUGGACGGCUAACGUUUUAGACUAAUUUCUUACCCCGGGAAUAAAAAGGACAUUUUCUGAAAGAGCGUAUUAAAAUGAGUAAAACGCCAAGUUUGACUGGGAAUUGUUUUAAAUCACGGAAAAUAUAGCCAUGCGAAGGUGACAAAUUUUGUAUACUUUUGUAUUACGGCUGGAAGUGUGUAAGCCAUUUUGUUAACUAAUUUAGUUAACUAAUUCACAGAAUUUCGCGGCCAAACUUUGCAUUUACACUAAUUUAAGUGCGCUUAGCGGCUGAUUUCAUGGAGUGUUUUCAGCCAACCGGGCUGAAACUUCAGCCCAGGGUUGCUAUAAAAUCCCAACAAAAUCGCGCAAGAGAUUGCCGGGCUGAAAUUUUCAUGUAAUCGCGUGCGUGAUUUUGUUAGGAUUUUAUAACAACCCUGGGCUGAAGUUUCUAGCUGAAACUCAGCCCGGGCUGAAAACACUCCAUGUAAUUAGCUCCUUAGUAAGUAAGUUUAUUCCCUUCUUGUUACCCAAUGAAAAAAUUAGUCUAAAGCGCAAGUCGCGAUCGUACCAAUUACCAUGCCAAUAAUUAUAUUGAGUGUAGUGUAAAUAGAGACUAUAUGGAGUUUUUGAGCAACCAGAUCUCCAUGCCAAACAAAAGCUCGAAAGGCUUGUUGCCGAGAAAAGAAAUCGACAAAGGGGUUAGGAUCUUUAAAUCUGUUAAUAGAGGUUUAGGUCAUAGGCCAGUCUGACUUCUGCGUCUUAAUCAGUGAUCGUCAGUUAACUUUUUGAGGCUUUGUCUUACCCAUUUUACACGGUGAAAUUUUUCUUGCAACUUGCAAUGCAAUUCUACUUUUAAGAAAUGUAAAUUAGUGAAAAGUAUUCAGAAUGCAAGUGUAAGAAACGCCAUGUGAGUACAUGUAAUAAAGACAAGAGUUUUGUAGUUACCAAAUUUACAUCUCUCAAAAGAAGAAUUGGAUUGCAAGUUGCAGGAAAAGUUGCACCGUGUAACAGGGCCUCUGAGUUGUGCUUUGCGACAUAAUCUCAAAAUAAAAAUCGCAGUUACAAUAAAAAUCAUCAUGGCAAAAUAAAAAUAAAUAUAUAAUUGGUCAUGCAUACAUCCUGUCGAGGCAAAAACAAUGUCGAAAGGGCAACAUAUUAAGUUGCUUUGAAAAUACAAAUAACUUUUCUAGGAAAACCAUGUUUGUUUUUAUUUACUGCGAACAUAUAUAAUCGUUUUCGUUGUUUUGCUUGCGUUUAUUUCGCUUGGCUGCUUGCACUUGCUUCUUGCUUUUAAACGCUUGAAAUACAUCAGAAUGAUAAAAACCCAU